AUGUACAACAUAAUAAACGGCGGACCUGUGGAUUACUACAUCCGACCCCGUCUUUGCUGCUCAUCCUCCCUUUCUCUCACUCUUUCAUUCUUCCUACCUCUCUAUCUCUCGCUCAUCGCCGCCCCCUAUAUUUUACUCUGGCCCUCACCGACUACUGCACAUUUACUUUCAGCCCGACGCACUGUCUCUUUCAUUAGAUAUACCAAUGAUCAGCUCCGUCAUACAGAAGACAACUAUCUCUUCAAGUAUACCAUGUGA